AUGGGCACCCUCACCCUCCUCCUCUCCUCCCGCCUAGGCCGCGGCGUCCUCGCCCUGCCCCUCCUCUACCUCUCCUACUUUUGCAACAAGAGAUUCGACCGCGACACCCUCGUCGAGCUAGUCCCGCCCAUUUUGGAAAAGGGGUUCAUCCCCCACCCCUCCGGCCCAGUCCCAGUUCUGGAGGGUAUCUUCCCCUGGAAACCCGCCAACGACUUCUUCCGCCCCAUAAGUGUAAUCUUCGCGCCCAGCACCCUAUCCAUAGACCCCCUAGCCUGGCACCAAAUGCUCUUCUUCCUCGUCGACCUCGGUCCAGUCUACCUCGUUUUACUGCUAGAGUCGUUCCGCGACGGCAACGCCUACACAGCAGCCUACCUAGCCACAGCAUGGAACUUCGCCGCCCAGAUCCUCGGCCUCGGUGUCCUUGCCCCGCUGUACUGCUGGCUGCACUUCACAUUCUCCCCCAGCACCAGCAUCCUCGCCCUCGACCCCCGAAAAAGGCUCCUAAAAGAGGAAUACAUCCCCUUUCUGCUACCCCUUCUAGUGGCGCUGCAUUACGCCUGGGUAUACCACAUGUUCUUCCCCCACAGUCUCGACCAAAGACACUACUACACCUGGCUAUGGCAGCCCGCCCCUCUUUGGAUCGGCCUCGCAAAUACCAUUCUUGCCAAAACAAUCCCAACACGAUGGGCAAAGGGGAGUAAAUUGGUUGGGAAGGGGGCGUUGAGUUUGGUUGUUGCGGGGAUCAGCAUGAUGGUUUGGUGGUACGUGAUACUCCACAGCGGAUUCUCCCUCUGGGAGGUUUUUGUGCCGGUGACCAUGGCGAAGAGGGAGUUUGUGAUGAGCACGAGGGGGCUUUUGCAGUAUGAUUUGCUCUGUUCGUUUGGGGGCUUGUUGGUCUGGAGUUUGGGGUUGAUGGUUGAUGUGUGGGCUGCGGGGGCGGUUGGGUUGGGGGAGUUGAUUGGAGGUUUGGCGGUUGUUGCUUUGGCUGGUGUGAUGGGGGGCCCGGGAGUUGCGAUGCUGGAUGCGUGGUGGUGGAGGGAGAAGAGGUUGGGGAGGCUUGCUGGGGGAGAGCAGAAGGGAAUGUAG